AUGCCGACCACUUCCCCAACUCUCAGCACACCUGCAACCACAUCUACUCUGGAGACAGCCUCCACUGAUACUACUGAAGUCACCUCAACCCUUCAGGACACCACCUUGGCCACUUCCACCACAGCAGAAAUAUCCACCACAGCUGUCCAGUCCACGAUGACUUCUGGGACUACAGCUUCAACCUCUUCCACUCCACAACAAACGUCUCCUGCUGGCACAACCUCCACACUUGUCUCCACCACAGAAGAAACCUCCAACUCAGCUACUACAGGAACAAAUGAAGUCACUUUCAGCCAACGUGGAACAUCUACUACUGCUCCUCUCACUGCCACAUCGCAGGAGACAACAGCAUCGACCACCAUAUUCCUUCCAAAAACAACCUCGUCUUCUCCUGGAACAAGCCCAUCUGCUACAUCCACGCCAAAUAUUCCUACGCAGAGCACUUCCCCAACUCUCAGCACACCUGCAUCCACAUCUACUGUGGAGACAACCUCCACUACUACAACUGAAGGCACCUCAACCGUUCAGGACACCACCGUGACCACCUCCACCACAGCAGAAACCUCCACCAAGGUAGAAACCUCCACCACAGCUAUCCAGUCCACGUUGUCUCUUGAGACUACAUCCUCACCCUCCUCCACUCCAGAAGAAACAUCUCCUGCUGACACAAGCUCCACACUUGUCUCCACCACAGCAGAAACCUCCAACCCAGCUACUACAGGAACAAAUGCAGUCACUUCCAGCCCACCUGGAACAUCAACUACUGCUCCUCUCACUAUCACAUCUCAGGAGACAACAGGAUCGACCACCAUGUUUCUUCAACAAACAAACUCGUCUUCUCAUGGGACAAGCCCAUCUCCUACGACCACGCCAACUCUUGCUACUCAGAACACAUCCCCAACUCUCACCACAAUUGCAUACACCUCUACUCUGGAGACAACCUCCACUGCUACCACUGGAGGCACCUCAACCCUUCAGGACACCACCGUGACCACCUCCACAACAGCAGAAACCCCCACCACAGCUGUCCAGACCACGUUGUCUCUUGAGACUACAUCCUCGCCCUCCUCCACUCAACAACAAACAUCUCCUGCUGACACAACCUCCACACUUGUCUCCACCACAGCAGAAACCUCCAACCCAGCUACUACAGGAACAAAUGCAGUCACUUCCAGCCCACCUGGAACAUCAACUACUGCUCCUCUCAGUACCACACGUACAGAGACAACUGCAUCAAGCACCAUGCUUCCUCCACAAACAACCUUGUCUUCUCCUGGGACAAGCCCAUCUCUUAAAACCACACCAAGUAUUCCUAUGCCGACCACUUCCCCAACUCUCAGCACACCUGCAACCACAUCUACUCUGGAGACAGCCUCCACUGAUACUACUGAAGUCACCUCAACCCUUCAGGACACCACCUUGGCCACUUCCACCACAGCAGAAAUAUCCACCACAGCUGUCCAGUCCACGAUGACUUCUGGGACUACAGCUUCACCUUCUUCCACUCCACAACAAACGUCUCCUGCUGGCACAACCUCCACGCUUGUCUCCACCACAGCAGAAACCUCCAACCCAGCUACUACAGGAACAAAUGAAGUCACUUUCAGCCAACGUGGAACAUCUACUACUGCUCCUCUCACUGCCACAUCGCAGGAGACAACAGCAUCGACCACCAUAUUCCUUCCAAAAACAACCUCGUCUUCUCCUGGAACAAGCCCAUCUGCUACAUCCACGCCAAAUAUUCCUACGCAGAGCACUUCCCCAACUCUCAGCACACCUGCAUCCACAUCUACUCUGGAGACAACCUCCACUACUACAACUGAAGGCACCUCAACCGUUCAGGACACCACCGUGACCACCUCCACCACAGCAGAAACCUCCACCAAGGCAGAAACCUCCACCACAGCUAUCCAGUCCACGUUGUCUCUUGAGACUACAUCCUCACCCUCCUCCACUCCACAAGAAACAUCUCCUGCUGACACAAGCUCCACACUUGUCUCCACCACAGCAGAAACCUCCAACCCAGCUACUACAGGAACAAAUGCAGUCACUUCCAGCCCACCUGGAACAUCAACUACUGCUCCUCUCACUAUCACAUCUCAGGAGACAACAGGAUCGACCACCAUGAUUCUUCAACAAACAAACUCGUCUUCUCAUGGGACAAGCCCAUCUCCUACGACCACGCCAACUCUUGCUACUCAGAACACAUCCCCAACUCUCACCACAAUUGCAUACACCUCUACUCUGGAGACAGCCUCCACUGCUACCACUGGAGGCACCUCAACCCUUCAGGACACCACCGUGACCACCUCCACAACAGCAGAAACCCCCACCACAGCUGUCCAGUCCACGUCGUCUCUUGAGACUACAUCCUCGCCCUCCUCCACUCAACAACAAACAUCUCCUGCUGACACAACCUCCACACUUGUCUCCACCACAGCAGAAACCUCCAACCCAGCUACUACAGGAACAAAUGCAGUCACUUCCAGCCCACCUGGAACAUCAACUACUGCUCCUCUCAGUACCACACGUACAGAGACAACUGCAUCAAGCACCAUGCUUCCUCCACAAACAACCUUGUCUUCUCCUGGGACAAGCCCAUCUCUUACAACCACACCAAGUAUUCCUAUGCCGACCACUUCCCCAACUCUCAGCACACCUGCAACCACAUCUACUCUGGAGACAGCCUCCACUGAUACUACUGAAGUCACCUCAACCCUUCAGGACACCACCUUGGCCACUUCCACCACAGCAGAAAUAUCCACCACAGCUGUCCAGUCCACGAUGACUUCUGGGACUACAGCUUCACCCUCUUCCACUCCACAACAAACGUCUCCUGCUGGCACAACCUCCACGCUUGUCUCCACCACAGCAGAAACCUCCAACCCAGCUACUACAGGAACAAAUGAAGUCACUUUCAGCCAACGUGGAACAUCUACUACUGCUCCUCUCACUGCCACAUCGCAGGAGACAACAGCAUCGACCACCAUAUUCCUUCCAAAAACAACCUCGUCUUCUCCUGGAACAAGCCCAUCUCCUACAUCCACGCCAAAUAUUCCUACGCAGAGCACUUCCCCAACUCUCAGCACACCUGCAUCCACAUCUACUGUGGAGACAACCUCCACUACUACAACUGAAGGCACCUCAACCGUUCAGGACACCACCGUGACCACCUCCACCACAGCAGAAACCUCCACCAAGGUAGAAACCUCCACCACAGCUAUCCAGUCCACGUUGUCUCUUGAGACUACAUCCUCACCCUCCUCCACUCCACAAGAAACAUCUCCUGCUGACACAAGCUCCACACUUGUCUCCACCACAGCAGAAACCUCCAACCCAGCUACUACAGGAACAAAUGCAGUCACUUCCAGCCCACCUGGAACAUCAACUACUGCUCCUCUCACUAUCACAUCUCAGGAGACAACAGGAUCGACCACCAUGUUUCUUCAACAAACAAACUCGUCUUCUCAUGGGUCAAGCCCAUCUCCUACGACCACGCCAACUCUUGCUACUCAGAACACAUCCCCAACUCUCACCACAAUUGCAUACACCUCUACUCUCGAGACAACCUCCACUGCUACCACUGGAGGCACCUCAACCCUUCAGGACACCACCGUGACCACCUCCAUAACAGCAGAAACCCCCACCACAGCUGUCCAGUCCACGUCGUCUCUUGAGACUACAUCCUCGCCCUCCUCCACUCAACAACAAACAUCUCCUGCUGACACAACCUCCACACUUGUCUCCACCACAGCAGAAAUCUCCAACCCAGCUACUACAAGAACAAAUGCAGUCACUUCCAGCCCACCUGGAACAUCAACUACUGCUCCUCUCAGUACCACACGUACAGAGACAACUGCUUCAAGCACCAUGCUUCCUCCACAAACAACCUUGUCUUCUCCUGGGACAAGCCCAUCUCUUAAAACCACACCAAGUAUUCCUAUGCCGACCACUUCCCCAACUCUCAGCACACCUGCAACCACAUCUACUCUGGAGACAGCCUCCACUGAUACUACUGAAGUCACCUCAACCCUUCAGGACACCACGUUGGCCACUUCCACCACAGCAGAAAUAUCCACCACAGCUGUCCAGUCCACGAUGACUUCUGGGACUACAGCUUCACCCUCUUCCACUCCACAACAAACGUCUCCUGCUGGCACAACCUCCACGCUUGUCUCCACCACAGCAGAAACCUCCAACCCAGCUACUACAGGAACAAAUGAAGUCACUUUCAGCCAACGUGGAACAUCUACUACUGCUCCUCUCACUGCCACAUCGCAGGAGACAACAGCAUCGACCACCAUAUUCCUUCCAAAAACAACCUCGUCUUCUCCUGGAACAAGCCCAUCUCCUACAUCCACGCCAAAUAUUCCUACGCAGAGCACUUCCCCAACUCUCAGCACACCUGCAUCCACAUCUACUCUGGAGACAACCUCCACUACUACAACUGAAGGCACCUCAACCGUUCAGGACACAACGGUGACCACCUCCACCACAGCAGAAACCUCCACCACAGCUAUCCAGUCCACGUUGUCUCUUGAGACUACAUCCUCACCCUCCUCCACUCCACAAGAAACAUCUCCUGCUGACACAAGCUCCACACUUGUCUCCACCACAGCAGAAACCUCCAACCCAGCUACUACAGGAACAAAUGCAGUCACUUCCAGCCCACCUGGAAUAUCAACUACUGCUCCUCUCACUAUCACAUCUCAGGAAACAACAGGAUCGACCACCAUGUUUCUUCAACAAACAAACUCGUCUUCUCAUGGGACAAGCCCAUCUCCUACGACUACGCCAACUCUUGCUACUCAGAACACAUCCCCAACUCUCACCACAAUUGCAUACACCUCUACUCUGGAGACAACCUCCACUGCUACCACUGGAGGAACCUCAACCCUUCAGGACACCACCGUGACCACCUCCACAACAGCAGAAACCCCCACCACAGCUGUCCAGUCCACGUCGUCUCUUGAGACUACAUCCUCGCCCUCCUCCACUCAACAACAAUCAUCUCCUGCUGACACAACCUCCACACUUGUCUCCACCACAGCAGAAACCUCCAACCCAGCUACUACAGGAACAAAUGAAGUCACUUCCAGCCCACCUGGAACAUCAACUACUGCUCCUCUCAGUACCACACGAACAGAGACAACUGCAUCAAGCACCAUGCUUCCUCCACAAACAACCUCGUCUUCUCCUGGGACAAGCCCAUCUCUUACAACCACACCAAGUAUUCCUACGCCGACCACUUCCCCAACUCUCAGCACACCUGCAACCACAUCUACUCUGGAGACAGCCUCCACUGAUACUACUGAAGUCACCUCAACCCUUCAGGACACCACGUUGGCCACUUCCACCACAGCAGAAAUAUCCACCACAGCUGUCCAGUCCACGAUGACUUCUGGGACUACAGCUUCACCCUCUUCCACUCCACAACAAACGUCUCCUGCUGGCACAACCUCCACGCUUGUCUCCACCACAGCAGAAACCUCCAACCCAGCUACUACAGGAACAAAUGAAGUCACUUUCAGCCAACGUGGAACAUCUACUACUGCUCCUCUCACUGCCACAUCGCAGGAGACAACAGCAUCGACCACCAUAUUCCUUCCAAAAACAACCUCGUCUUCUCCUGGAACAAGCCCAUCUCCUACAUCCACGCCAAAUAUUCCUACGCAGAGCACUUCCCCAACUCUCAGCACACCUGCAUCCACAUCUACUCUGGAGACAACCUCCACUACUACAACUGAAGGCACCUCAACCGUUCAGGACACAACGGUGACCACCUCCACCACAGCAGAAACCUCCACCACAGCUAUCCAGUCCACGUUGUCUCUUGAGACUACAUCCUCACCCUCCUCCACUCCACAAGAAACAUCUCCUGCUGACACAAGCUCCACACUUGUCUCCACCACAGCAGAAACCUCCAACCCAGCUACUACAGGAACAAAUGCAGUCACUUCCAGCCCACCUGGAAUAUCAACUACUGCUCCUCUCACUAUCACAUCUCAGGAAACAACAGGAUCGACCACCAUGUUUCUUCAACAAACAAACUCGUCUUCUCAUGGGACAAGCCCAUCUCCUACGACUACGCCAACUCUUGCUACUCAGAACACAUCCCCAACUCUCACCACAAUUGCAUACACCUCUACUCUGGAGACAACCUCCACUGCUACCACUGGAGGAACCUCAACCCUUCAGGACACCACCGUGACCACCUCCACAACAGCAGAAACCCCCACCACAGCUGUCCAGUCCACGUCGUCUCUUGAGACUACAUCCUCGCCCUCCUCCACUCAACAACAAUCAUCUCCUGCUGACACAACCUCCACACUUGUCUCCACCACAGCAGAAACCUCCAACCCAGCUACUACAGGAACAAAUGAAGUCACUUCCAGCCCACCUGGAACAUCAACUACUGCUCCUCUCAGUACCACACGAACAGAGACAACUGCAUCAAGCACCAUGCUUCCUCCACAAACAACCUCGUCUUCUCCUGGGACAAGCCCAUCUCUUACAACCACACCAAGUAUUCCUACGCCGACCACUUCCCCAACUCUCAGCACACCUGCAACCACCUCUACUCUGGAGACAACCUCCACUGACACCAAUGAAGGCGCCUCAACCCUUCAGGACACCACAUUGGCCACCUCCACCACAGCAGAAACAUCCACCACAGCUGUCCAGUCCACUGUGUCUUCUGAGACUACAGCUUCACCCUCUGCCACUAGAGAACAAACGUCUCCUGCUGGCAAAACCUCCACACUUGUCUCCACCACAGCAGAAAUCUAUAGCCCAGCUACUACAGGAACAAAUGCAGUCACUUCCAGGCCACCUGGAACAUCAACUACUGCUCCUCUCACUACAACACGUACAGAGACAACUGCAUCAAGCACCACGCUUCUUCCACAAAAAACCUCGUCUUCUACUAGGACAAGUCCGUCUCCUACAUCCACGCCAAACAUUCCUACGCUGACCACUUCCCCAACACUCACCACAACUGCAUCUACCUCCACUCUGGAGACAACCUCCACUGCUACCACUGGAGGCACCUCAACCCUUCAGGACACCACCGUGACCACCUCCACCACAGCAGAAACCUCCCCCACAGCUGUCGAGUCCACGUCGUCUCCUGAGACUACAUCCUCGGCCUCUUCCACUCCACAACAAACGUCCCCUGCUGACAAAACAUCCACAAUUGUCUCCACCACAGCAGAAACCUCCAACCCAGCUACUACAGGAACAAAUGCAGUCACUUCCAGCCCACCUGGAACAUCAACUACUGCUCCUCUCAUUACCACACGUACAGAGACAACUGGAUCAAGCACCAUGCUUCCUCCACAAACAAACUUGUCUUCUCCUGGGACAAGCCCAUCUCUUACAACCACACCAAGUAUUCCUAUGCCGACUACUUCCCCAACUCUCAGCACACCUGCAACCACAUCUACUCUGGAGACAACCUCCACUGAUACUACUGAAGUCACCUCAACCCUUAAGGACACCACCUUGGCCACUUCCACCACAGUAGAAAUAUCCACGACAGCUGUCCAGUCCACGAUGACUUCUGGGACUACAGCUUCACCUUCUUCCACUCCACAACAAACGUCUCCUGCUGGCACAACCUCCACGCUUGUCUCCACCACAGCAGAAACCUCCAACCCAGCUACUACAGGAACAAAUGAAGUCACUUUCAGCCAACGUGGAACAUCUACUACUGCUCCUCUCACUGCCACAUCGCAGGAGACAACAGCAUCGACCACCAUGUUUCCUCCACAAACAACCUUAUCUUCUCCUGGAACAAGCCCAUCUCCUACAUCCACGCCAAAUAUUCCUACGCAGAGCACUUCACCAACUCUCAGCACACCUGCAUCCACAUCUACUCUGGAGACAACCUCCACUACUACAACUGAAGGCACCUCAACCGUUCAGGACACCACCGUGACCACCUCCACCACAGCAGAAACCUCCACCAAGGUAGAAACCUCUACCACAGCUAUCCAGUCCACGUCGUCUCUUGAGACUACAUCCUCACCCUUUUCCACUCCACAAGAAACAUCUCCUGCUGACACAAGCUCCACACUUGUCUCCACCACAGCAGAAACCUCCAACCCAGCUACUACAGGAACAAAUGCAGUCACUUCCAGCCCACCUGGAACAUCAACUACUGCUCCUCUCACUACCACAUCUCAGGAAACAACUGUAUCGACAACCAUGUUUCUUCCACAAACAACCUCGUCUUCUCCUGGGACAAGCCCAUCUCCUACGACCACGCCAACUCUUGCUACUCAGAACACGUCCCCAACUCUCAGCACAACUGCAUCCACCUCUACUCUGGAGACAACCUCCACUGCUACCACUGGAGGAACCUCAACCCUUCAGGACACCACCGUGACCACCUCCACAACAGCAGAAACCUCCACCACAGCUGUCCAGUCCACGUCGUCUCUUGAGACUACAUCCUCGCCCUCCUCCACUCAACAACAAACAUCUCCUGCUGACACAACCUCCACACUUGUCUCCCCCACAGCAAAAACCUCCAACCCAGCUACUACAGGAACAAAUGAAGUCACUUCCAGCCCACCUGGAACAUCAACUACUGCUCCUCUCACUACAAGACGUACAGAGACAACUGCAUCAAGCACCAGGCUUCUUCCACAAAAAACCUCGUCUUCUGCUAGGACAAGUCCAUCUCCUACAUCCACGCCAAACAUUCCUACGCUGACCACUUCCCCAACACUCACCACAACUGCAUCUACCUCCACUCUGGAGACAACCUCCACUGCUACCACUGGAGGCACCUCAACCCUUCAGGACACCACCGUGACCACCUCCACCACAGCAGAAACCUCCCCCACAGCUGUCGAGUCCACGUCGUCUCCUGAGACUACAUCCUCGGCCUCUUCCACUCCACAACAAACGUCCCCUGCUGACACAACAUCCACACUUGUCUCCACCACAGCAGAAACCUCCAACCCAGCUACUAGAGGAACAAAUGAAGUCACUUCCAGCCCACCUGGAACAUCAACUACUGCUCCUCUCAGUACCACACGUACAGAGACAAAUGGAUCAAGCACCAUGCUUCCUCCACAAACAACCUUGUCUUCUCCUGGGACAAACCCAUCUCUUAAAACCACUCCAAGUAUUCCUACGCCGACCACUUCCCCAACUCUCAGCACACCUGCAACCACAUCUACUCUGGAGACAACCUCCACUUAUACCACUGAAGUCACCUCAACCCUUCAGGACACCACCUUGGCCACUUCCACCACAGUAGAAACAUCCACCACAGCUGUCCAGUCCACGUUGACUUCUGGCACUACAGCUUCACCUUCUUCCACUCCACAACAAACGUCUCCUGCUGGCACAACCUCCACACUUGUCUCCACCACAGCAGAAACCUCCAACCCAGCUACUACAGGAACAAAUGAAGUCACUUUCAGCCAACGUGGAACAUCUACUACUGCUCCUCUCACUGCCACAUCGCAGGAGACAACAGCAUCGACCACCAUGUUUCCUCCACAAACAACCUUAUCUUCUCCUGGAACAAGCCCAUCUCCUACAUCCACGCCAAAUAUUCCUACGCAGAGCACUUCACCAACUCUCAGCACACCUGCAUCCACAUCUACUCUGGAGACAACCUCCACUACUACAACUGAAGGCACCUCAACCGUUCAGGACACCACCGUGACCACCUCCACCACAGCAGAAACCUCCACCAAGGUAGAAACCUCCACCACAGCUAUCCAGUCCACGUCGUCUCUUGAGACUACAUCCUCACCCUUUUCCACUCCACAAGAAACAUCUCCUGCUGACACAAGCUCCACACUUGUCUCCACCACAGCAGAAACCUCCAACCCAGCUACUACAGGAACAAAUGCAGUCACUUCCAGCCCACCUGGAACAUCAACUACUGCUCCUCUCACUACCACAUCUCAGGAAACAACUGUAUCGACAACCAUGUUUCUUCCACAAACAACCUCGUCUUCUCCUGGGACAAGCCCAUCUCCUACGACCACGCCAACUCUUGCUACUCAGAACACGUCCCCAACUCUCAGCACAACUGCAUCCACCUCUACUCUGGAGACAACCUCCACUGCUACCACUGGAGGAACCUCAACCCUUCAGGACACCACCGUGACCACCUCCACAACAGCAGAAACCUCCACCACAGCUGUCCAGUCCACGUCGUCUCUUAAGACUACAGUUUCACUCUCUUCCACUCCACAACCAACGUCUCCUGCUGACACAACCUCCACACUUGUCUCCACCACAGCAGAAACCUCCAAUCCAGCUACUACAAGAACAAAUGAAGUCACUUCCAGCCCGCCUGGAAAAUCAACUACUGCUCAUCUCACUGGCACACGUACAGAGACAACUGCAACAAGCGCCACGCUCCUUCAACAAAAAACCUCGUCUUCUCCUGGCACAAGCCCAUCUCCUACGACCACGUCAACUCUUCCUACUCUGAGUACGUCCCCAACUCUCACCACAACUGCUUCAACUUCUACUCUGGAGACAACGUCCACUGCUACCACUGGAGGAAACUCAACCCUUCAGGACACCACCGUGACCACCUCCACCACAGCAGAAACCACCACAACAGUAGAAACCUCCACCACAGCUGUCCAGUACACGUCGUCUCCUGAGAUUACAGCUUCACCCUCUUCCACUCCACAACAAACGUCUCCGGCUGACACAACCUCCACACUUGUCUCCACCACAGCAGAAACCUCCAACCCAGCUACUACAGGAACAAAUGCAGUCACUUCCAGCCCACCUGGAACAUCAACUACUGCUCCUCUCACUACAACACGUACAGAGACAACUGCAUCAAGCACCACGCUUCUUCUCCAAAAAACCUCGUCUUCUGCUAGGACAAGUCCAUCUCCUACAUCCACACCAAACAUUCCUACGCUGACCAAUUCCCCAACUCUCCCCCCAACUGCAUCUACCUCUCCUCUGGAGAAAACCUCCACUUCAACCACUGCAGGCAACUCAACCCUUCAGGAGACCACCGUGACCACCUCCAACACAGCAGAAACCUCCACCACAGCUGUCGAGUCCACGUCGUCUCUUGAGACUACAUCCUCGCCCUCCUCUACUCCACAACAAACAUCUCCUGCUGACACAACCUCUACACUUGUCUCCACCACAGCAGAAACCUCCAACCCAGCUACUACAGGAACAAAUGCAGUCACUUCAAGCCCACCUGGAACAUCAACUACUGCUCCUCUCACUACCACAUCUCAGGAGACAACUGGAUCGUCCACCAUGUUACUUCCACAAGCAACCUCGUCUUCUCCUGGGACAAGCCCAUCUCCUACGACCACGCCAACUCUUGCUACACAGAACACGUCCCCAACUCUCAGCACAACUGCAUCCACCUCUACUCUGGAGACAACCUCCACUGCUACCACUGGAGGAACCUCAACCCUUCAGGACACCACCGUGACCACCUCCACCACAGAAGAAACCUCCACCACAACUGUCCAGUCCACGUCGUCUCUUGAGACUACAUCCUCGCCCUCCUCAACUCAACAACAAUCAUAUGCUGACACAACCUCCGCACUUGUCUCCACCACAGCAGAAACCUCCAACCCAGCUACUACAGGAACAAAUGCAGUCACUUCCAGCCCACCUGGAACAUCAACUACUGCUCCUCUCACUACCACACAUAUAGAGACAACUGUAUCAAGCACCAAGCUUCUUCCACAAAAAACCUCGUCUUCUGCUAGGACAAGUCCAUCUCCUACAUCCACGCCAAACAUUCCUACGCCGACCACUUCCCCAACUCUCAGCACACCUGCAACCACAUCUACUCUGGAGACAACCUCCACUACUACAACUGAAGGCACCUCAACUGUUCAGGACACCACCGUGACCACCUCCACCACAGCAGAAACCUCCACCAAGGUAGAAACCUCCACCACAGCUAUCCAGUCCACCAGAAACCUCCAACCCAGCUACUACAGGAACAAAUGCAGUCACUUCCAGCCCACCUGGUACAUCAACUACUGCUCCUCUCACUACCACAUCUCAGGAAACAACUGUAUCGACAACCAUGUUUCUUCCACAAACAACCUCGUCUUCUCCUGGGACAAGCCCAUCUCCUACGACCACGCCAACUCUUGCUACUCAGAACACGUCCCCAACUCUCAGCACAACUGCAUCCACCUCUACUCUGGAGACAACCUCCACUGCUACCACUGGAGGAACCUCAACCCUUCAGGACACCACCGUGACCACCUCCACAACAGCAGAAACCUCCACCACAGCUGUCCAGUCCACGUCGUCUCUUGA